AUAAUAUAAUAUUAUUUGGAAAAAAGAAUAAAAUGACAGACGCUAAAAUUGCUACGAUUUAUGACAACUAUAAGCAAUUCGGGUCAGUUCAAUACCUCCCAAAGAAAGUUGAAGAGCUCAGGAAAAGGACUACUUUGUACGGAAUUGGGGCAAGUCUUGGAGUUUUCUUCCUCAAUGAAGUUUCAAGGUUCACUUUGAGAUCUCCUAUCUUCAAGUUGAGGCCAGUUCCAGUCUUAUUGGUAGCAGCUCUCCCGACAGGAUUUCUUAGGUAUUACUCAAACCAAGAAAUAGAUAAGGAAGUUCUGAAGUUCUGGAGAGUACAUAAGACUAGAGAAGAAAAAGGAAUGGGAGGAUCUUAUAAGAGUUCAGGAGUAUACCCUAAUCAAGUCAAUCACAUCAAGAAAGCUGGCAAUGUUCCCCUCGUUUGGACUCCCGAAGAAGCCCUCCUCGGUGUCAAGUUCACAAAUCUCGUCGGAGGCGCUGCUCACAAACUCAAUGACGGAAUCGCUGAGGGCAGCCAGAACGCAUUCCACGAUGAUUGGGAUAAGCAAGCCACCUAUACUGAGAUCCACGAGUCCAAGAGAGCCAAGCUGCGAUCUCCUAAAGAAGGCACCACCAAGAUGAAUUGGUUCUACCGCUCCAUCGAAGACACUGAUCAGAAAGUCAACUUCGGAGGAGUUGACAACGACAGCCCAUUCCAUGAGCCUCCAGACUCAAACUUCGGUCCUACAGUGGACCACAAGCUAGACGAAAGAGACAUCUUCACUUUCCAGAGCACCGCGAUGGGCAGAGAGAUCGUCCACAACCUCUGGAGGGUCGACCCGAAGGCAGCUGCCCUUGACAGUGGAGCCCCACUCUGGGGAGCCAAACUACUGACUGCUCCCAGCUACUUCACAGAGACGAGCGCCAGAGAGUUCUUGGCCCAGGUCGCACAGAGGAGAGAGUUCAGCCUUCUCAAGCGCAAGUGGGCUUCCAAGGCUCCUGAACACCAGUCCAUGGGAGAGAAGGUCCAGGAAGAGCAAGAGUACCAGGCCUUUGUUGACCAUGCUUAUGAAGAUAAAGCUCUUCGUGAUAUGAAAAAUGUUUUUGUGACUGACCAUACCCCACGACCAAAGAGACUUCAUACCAACAAUUCUGAUGAAGACCUAGAUUUCUUCAAUUAUGAACAGAAAUUAAAGGAAUUCCACAGUGAUUCUCCUGCUGUGCUACACUCAACUCAGGAAAAAUUCGUUCAUCCAAUUAUCAAAAUUUUGGAGAAAGCUGAAUAUCUGACAGCAGAGAAGUAUGAAGCAGGAGAAUUUGAUGAAGCUGAAGGAGAUGUAGAAAUUGAGCCAGAAGAAUUAUUCAGCAUCAGCAAUUCUUUGGUACCUGAGGAAGAAAUUCAGGACGUCAUUGACAACCAAAUCGGAAUCGUCAAAGAAGGAGAAGAAUACUCCUACGUUGAAGAUAUGAGAGAUGCUUAUAGAAAUUCUCUUUCACAAAGCCUAGCUGACCAAAUCUUCGAGAAGAUUCCCAAUCAUGCUUUCUAUGACAUCAAGACUCCAUUGAUAGAGAGAGCCUAUAAGAAAUAUAACAAGUAUAACCCAGCAAGACCAGCUCAUGCCUAUUCAUUCUUCGAGCACAGAAAGAGUGCUGAAUAUAUUGAUGAAAAGCACAAAUACUCCAACCUGAAUACCAGUAUUUCAAAGCACAAGAGAUACUAGUU